AUGUCUGAAACAGACAUAAGUGAUAGCAAUUCUGAAUCUGAAAUUAAGGGACAACAGGAAAAUUAUUUAUCAAUUGAGACUACUGACAAUAUAAAUAACUUUGAUAUGGCUUCAAUAGAAGAAAAAACUAAAUUUAUCUCAAUGUGCUCAAGCAUUAUACGUGAAAAUUACAAUGGAAACCCACUUACAUUAAAUUCUUUUAUAGAUAAAAUUAACUUAAUUGAGGAAAUUACAGCUCCAAACUUAAACACAUGUCUCAUUUCAUUCAUAAAAUCUAAAUUGGAUGGCAAGGCUAGGGAAGUUUUACCAAAUCAGAUAAUUAGCAUCGAUCAGAUUAAAGAUAUACUAAAAAAUAGAAUAAAACCCGAUAGUUCCAAAGUAGUAGCUGGUAGAAUUGCAGCAUUAAAUAUUAAACAAAACAAUUAUACAGAUUUCGCAAAAAACGUUGAAGAUUUGGCAGAUGCCUUAGAACGUUCACUCGUGAUAGAAGGAAUAACAAGGGAAAAGGCACAUGAAAUGGCAAUAGACCAAACAAUUAGUGUUUGUAGAGCUAAUGCAAAGUCAGACAUGGUUAAAGCAAUAUUGGCAUCAACUACUUUCAAAGAACCUAAAGAUGUAGUGGCGAAAUUGAUUAUAGAAGAUUCUAAUACUGAAAACCACAGCCAGGUUUUGUCAAUGCGCUAUAACGGAAAUAGGUAUAAUUUCAGUCACCGUAACCAACCGCCAAUGAAUAGAUUUACCAGACGCAACAACUAUAACAAUAGAUUCAACAAUAACAACUACAAUGGUCAGAGGAACUAUGAACCUGCCAACAAUUAUAAUAAUAGAUCAAAUAAUAACAACAAUAACAGUCAGAGAAACUAUACGCCUACGAAUAAUUAUAACAAUAAUAGAGGAAGGUAUAACAAUAGGUCAAAUCAGGCACAGAAUGCAUCCAUUAGGACUUUAAACUCCGAAGUCCCUCAGCAGGACGAGUUGAGGGAGGAGGAAAAUUAA